UCCAUUUCCUUUCAAGACUUUCCCGACGCCUUGUUGCCCAAGUCUAGGUCUUCAUCUUGCUCCGUUACUAUAUAUAUUCCAACCAACAGUUCCCUCCCAUCCUCCAUAAACCCUAAUCCUCCUUUCCCUCGGCUCCGGAAGCAAAACGAUCUCCUCUUUUUUCGUCGUGAUGGUGAGUUCUGUUUGCGAGAGAUUGCUGAGCAAUGCCUCACUGUCGCCUCUCAUAUCAGAUCUCCGGACACUAACCCAUACUAAUCCAUCCUCUGUCGGAGCCAGCAAUCGAUCUAUGGCCACUGCCACCUCUCCUCUCCGCCGCCGCGAGCUCCACCUCCGCUCUCAAAUCCCUCUCCCCUCGCAGUUGCAGCUAUCUGCAAAUGGGAAGACGUCUUUGGGUUUCUCAGCGAGGGCUUUCAGCUCUUGGAAAUCCAGCUCUUGGAAGGAUGAUCUUGGUAUUGAAUUGGAUACCACCAUCUCUGUGGAAGAAGAGAUUGAGAAUGCUCAAGAAAUUAUGUCCGUGCUUGCUAUCAACGACAAGGGUGAACUCCUUGUGGGAACUCCUUGUGAAAACUCUCAGACACAGACGGAGAUGGAAAUGGCACCGUGCAAGAUCGUUAAAGCUCCAAAUGGGGAUGCUUGGGUCGAAGCAAACGGCCAAAAAUUCUCUCCUUUCCAGAUUGGAGCAUUUUUUCUCGCGCAAAUGAGGGAAUUUGUCUCAAACACCCUUGAAGGACGUAUCCGUAGGCUUAUUGUUAAGGUUCCAGCUUGUUUGAGGGAUGUAGAAAUCGACGUAUCCUUCUACACCAGUUUCUGGGACCGAGAAUAUACUGUCUUUGCCAAAGAAGAAGCCACCGGGAAAGAAAUGGAGUUGGACUUUCUGAUCGACAGUGGCUAUCACACGACUGUCGACAAUAUUGAGAGGUGGUUGAACAAGUAUAGACAGGAGAUCCCUACUGAGAUUGCCACAGAGAUUGAAAAUGCUGUGUCUCUACACAAGAGAGAAGAACGACCGUAUGACGAAAAGAGUUUCUGUAAGGGCUUGGACAAGUUGAAAGGUGCAAGAGAUGCUCUUUCGAAAUUAGGGCAACACAUGUCUAAAAAUUCUAUGAAAGAAAAGAUUGAGAAUGCCCAAGGAUCUCUUUCAGUGGUUGCUAUUAACAACGAGGGUGAACUCUUUGUGGGAACCUCGACCAAACGGUUUGAAGGCUCUCAGACAGAAACAAAGAUGGAAAUGGCGCCGUGCAAGAUUGUUGAAGAUCCAAAUGGCGAUGUUUGGGUCGAGGCAAACGGGCGGAAGUACUCUCCCAGCCAGGUUGGAGCUUUUGUUGUCUCGAAAAUGAAGGAAUUUGCCGAAGCACACCUUGGGAAAACUGUCACCAAAGCUGACUUCAAGCUGUGGGGUUAUGUACUGGACGUACCAGUCAAAGUAACCUUCUCCAUUUCGCCCGACGGUGGCGUAGUUACUGCGUUGGCCGAAGAGAUACUACCCUACUGGAAAAGGCAUAAAUUCGAAUAAAUUCGAGAGCGGCAGAUGGAUCUGAACGACCGCAUUAAACUCAAUGCUUAAGAAGAAAGGGAUGCUGCAACAGAGGCUAAGAAUAAGACUUGUCUUCCUCUGUCACAGUGUCUUAUGUUGUCUUCUCUUUUAGUGUAUUAUUAUUUCCACCAUGUUUUGGGUGAGGAAAAGGGUAUUAUGUAUGGAGAAACAUCGUCACAUGGUCUUCUUCGAUACAAG